AUGGUCAGUUGCGGAGGUGCCAUCAGGAAAGGCCAGACACUGCUCGGUGAGGCCGGCGGAGCGUACCCGCCGUACCUGAUACCAAAAUACGACAAGACAGAUGGCCUUGCUUAUCCUACCAUGGUCGCCAAAGCCCACUUCUAUAGUGAUCUUACGGACAACCAGGCGGCACCUCUCGUUGCUAUGCUGAAGCCGCAAUCCAUAGCAUCUUGUGAAGAGCCAAUUGUAUUCGGUGCUUCUGACCUCACUAUUUCGGUAUACUAUGUACUCUGCGCGAACGAUCAAGCUCUGCCCGUCUUCGUUCAAGAGCGGGCUUGUCAAGGGAUUCCCGCUCUGAGACGCAAGCUGACUUGGGCAAGUGGCCACUUCCCGUUUCUGACGGAGCCUGAGACAUUCGCGACGGAUAUGGUAGAAACUAUUGGAUCAGAGAUUGCUCGAUCCUGUUUUCUCGGACUUUUCUGUUUGCGGGAGGGGGGCAACACAAUGUGA